AUGGCGGAGCCGAGCCCCGAAGAUCCCCCUCCGAGCCUCAAAGCCGAGACGCAGCCCCCGGAGAAGCGGCAACGCACCAUCGAGGAUUUCAACAAAUUCUGCAGCUUCGUCCUGGCUUAUGCCGGCUACAUCCCCUCCUCCAAAGAGGAGAAUGACUGGACGCCGUCUGGCUCCAACUCCCCGCUCCGUCCGGAGAGCGUGGUGGACAGCGACGGCUGGGAAUCCACGCAGUCGGACCUCCACACCAUCGAGACCUUCGUCAAGAAGGCCAAGUCGUCGAAGAAGAAAGCGGCCUUCCGUCGCCUGAAAUCCGACAGCUCCUUGCUGGAGAAGAUGAAACUCAAGGACUCCCUUUUCGACUUGGACCCUGUGGGGAAGCAGCCGCCCCCGUUAGCCGGGCCCAAAGUCGCCGCCGACAAGAAGAAGGACAAGAGGAACCGGAAGGCCGCCUUGGAAGCCGGGGCCGCCGCCGCCAAGCGGAACCGCAGCGACUCGGUGGGCGAGAAGCGCUCGCGCAUCAAAAAGAGCAAGAAGCGGAAGUUGAAACGGUCGGAGCGGGGCGAGAAGCCGAAGCACAAAGCCUCCGUGAGCGAGACGGACUCGGAAGAGGAGGAAGAGUUGGAGGAGGAGGAGGAGGACCGGGCGGCCCCGCUGCGGCCGGGCGGGGAGGAAGGGGCGGGGGCGGCCACAGCGCGGGUCUCGGUCCAGGCGCCGCCAGAGCUGCUGGCCGCCACUUUCCCCAUUAAGCUGGAGGACACGGAAGGGAAGGAGGGCGUCAGCACGGAGACCAGCCAGGACGGGGAAGGGAGCUCCAGCGAAGGCGAGAUGAGGGUGAUGGACGAGGACAUCAUGGUGGAAUCAGGCGACGACUCGUGGGACCUCAUCACCUGCUACUGCCAGAAGCCGUUCGCGGGGCGGCCCAUGAUCGAAUGCAACCAGUGCGGCACCUGGAUCCACCUCUCCUGCGCCAAGAUCAAGAAGACAAACGUCCCCGACAUUUUCUUUUGCCAGAAGUGCAAAGAAAUCUCGCGGAAGCAGGCGCUGCUGGCCCCUCAGCCCCCCGCGGCUCUCAGCGCGACGGUCCCCCCGGCGUCGCGGGCAGCUGGGGGGGAGCCCUAG